UGUUUUUUACAGGUAUCACAGACAUGAACGAUCCCUGUUAAAGUAAAGGAGGUCUCCUGAGCCAUUCAAAGCACUGACAGACGGCUGAGGGAGCCUGUGAAGGUAAAGAUGCUCACGAGAAGCUUGUUCCUGGCCUUCUUCUUCGUUAUUUUUGCGCCGGUGGACGCUCAGUAUGAGAAGUACAGCUUUAAAAGUUUCCCUCAGAAGGACAUCAUGCCGCUGGAAUCCGCGUACAACUACGCGAUGGAGCAAUACGGAGCGCAAAACUGGGCAGAAACUAUCAAGUUCCUGGAGCUGAGCCUGCGGCUCCACCGGCUCCUCCGGGACAGCGAGGCUUUCUGCUGCAGCAACUGCAGCUCCGUCAGCCGGGACAACGACACCCUGUUCGAGGAUACCAGCCUCCGCGUCAUGCGCCACAUCCUGCUGAGAGCUGCUUGCCUUAAAAAGUGCAAGGCAGAUUUUCCAGUGUUUAAGCUCACAUAUCCACGGAGAGAUUUAUUGGAAACUUUCGAGAAAAGGAUACCUUAUCGUUACAUACAGUAUGCAUACUUCCAGCUUAACAACCUGGAGAAGGCAGUGGCUGCAACUCACACUUUCCUGAAGAAGAACCCAGAUGAUGUCCUCUUAACAAAGAACAUGAACUACUACAAGACACUGUUUGACGUGGAGGAAUAUCUCAUUGAUCACGAGGAGCAGCCAUAUGAAAGUGUUUUCUUGAAAAGUGUGACGCUCUACAACAACGGAGACUUCAGCAACAGUGCUAGAAACAUGGAGCAGGCCAUCACACAGUACUUUGAAGUAUACAACCUCUGUUUAGCUGGCUGUGACAGCUCAUAUGAGAUUGUGGAGUUCAAAGAUUUCUAUCCCAGCAUGGCGGAUCUCUAUAUAAAUGCUCUGAAAUGUAAAUUUAAAUGCGAGGAGAACCUGACACCCAGCGUUGGAGGCUUCUUUGUGGAGAAGUUUGUAGCUACUAUGUAUCACUACCUCCAGUUUUCUUAUUAUAAAUUAAAUGAUGUAAAGAACGCUGCUCCGUGUGCAGCAAGUUACAUGCUGUUCGACCCCAAAGACCAGGUGAUGCAACAAAAUGUGGCGUAUUAUCGCUUCUACCGGGAGCAGUGGGGCCUCAACGAUAAUGAUUUUGAACCUCGGCCUGAGGCACUGAGGUACUUUAACCAGACGACCAAACAGAAAGAAAUGCUGGAGUUUGCUCUGAGCUACCUGCAAACAGACGAUGAGGAAGUUGUAAGUCCAGAAGAAAUGACCACCUCUCGCUCAAACCAUCCUGACACUGAGUUUGAGGGUAUGGGGGAUUAUGAGGAGUCCCUCCUGGCUGAUUGGUGGCAGGAACCCAAAACUAAGUGGGACACUGGAGAAGUCAUAGACUGACAUCUGUCUUUAUCUUCGAGCAGAACACUUUCACAUCCAACUCUGUCCCACCUCCCAUGAAAACAUGCCCAAAAAAUGAUGAACCAUCUACAGACAAACAUCUAGAUUCCUAUCAGUAUUAUGCAAAAAAACCAAAAACACAGAGCCCCCCUGGUGAUUGAUUGUGGGGAUUUCUUUUUUUCUGUUUUUUUGACAAGAUUAAAAUUCACAGCCUUGUUAGUGCAUGCACAGCCAUGAGUAAAUGACGUUUGUGAGGUGAGAACAAAUCUUAAAUAUGCACGGUAACAAAAUAGAAAGCUACUUUUGUUAUCAGGGAAAAAUCAUGAAUAUAUUUGGAUUUUUUCACUUUGUUAUGUGAGCUUUUUCUCUCCCCCUAAUCUCCCAGAGUGAGAAGCACCCUGUGUGUUUAGGGCCCUCUUACUGCAGGAUAUCAAAUUUCAUCCAAGUUACAUUAACUCAACCCAUGCUUCUUGUCAUGGUUUAUCUUACCGGGGGGCUCUGUUUUAAUUUUAACUUAGUUGGUUAUUAAAUGGACACAAUUACCCAUCAUGAUGAUCAGUAUGAAAGACUAAUCAAUCAUUGGUCUCAAUGCUGAUAUUUGCCAAUGACUUUUCUACAGUUUUUAUUUACUGUUAUUUAAUGAAAGCUGUGAGGUGUGAUAUAACAAUGCUGACAUGGGGCUUUUAUGUUGUUAUUUGUCAUCCACCAAUAAGAUAUUGGUAAUAAGAUGCUUUUAAUUAAAAUAAUUUAAUGUG